GUUUACAAAGUCAAAAUGGCUGCAAAGUCAAACAAGCCUGUCGGCUGUCAUUUCUGAAUUUUACAAUAAUCUAUGGUUGUCAAUAUAGCUGUGCAGCCAUUGAUUCCUAAGAAUUAUUGUAACUCUUAUUAAUCAAAGAAUUAUUUUAAAAUCAAUCGUUCAAGAUGACGAUCGGGAAGAAUAAUAAAAUGCAACAGCACAUAAAUUAUAGAGUAAGGGUUAUAUUACAAGAUUCACGGACAUUCAUUGGGACUUUUAAAGCAUUUGAUAAACACAUGAAUCUUAUUUUGGGAGACUGUGAAGAAUUCAGAAAAAUUAAAUCUAAAAAUAGCAAAACUGCUGAUAGAGAAGAAAAAAGAACCUUAGGGUUUGUUUUACUUCGCGGAGAAAAUAUAGUUUCCUUGACUAUUGAAGGCCCACCUCCACCGGAAGAAGGAUUACCUCGGGUACCAAUACCGGGUGCAAUUGGAGGUCCUGGAGGUGGCCGUGCAGCAGGCCGUGGAGCUGGCCCAGCUGGUGCUCCACCUGGCUUACAAGGCCCUGCUAGAGGUGUUGGUGGCCCAUCACAACAACAUAUGGCUCCAGGGUCCCGGGGACAAUUAUCAGCGCCUCCUCAAAUGCGAGGAGGUCCUAUGAUGGGUGGACCUCCACCAGGCAUGAUGGGGGCUCCUCCUGGAAUGGGUCGUGGCGGACCGGGUGGCCGGGGUCCUCCUGGCAUGCGACGUUAUUAAGAUUGCUUUAAUGUGUGAUACUGCAAUAAGUGAAUUAAUCUCUUCAAAAGGAAACUGACCAAUGUGUGUUACUAAUUAGUGAUAAUUACGUGUUAAAAAUUUAUAAUUGAAUGCAGUGAUUUAUCUAAAAGUAUUGCUAUCACAUAUUCCAAGUAGUUGAUAAUAAUGAUUGUCCUAUCUUCUAUACUCUUAAGUAAAUACUGUAAUGUUUACAAUUCUUGUGUUGGUGAUGAGUCAAUUUUUAUUUUUGACAACAGUGUGAUCAUAGUACCUACAUAACACAAAAUGGAUUUGUGUUACUUUUCAACAAAACCAAAAAUGUCAAAAUGUAUGAGAAUAUGCAGGAAAUGUCAUUAAAGUUGUAACCUGCUAUCUCAAAUGUAGUAUUAUAAUCUGUACUGCAGUUUUUAAAUACCUACCACUCAAUAAAGUGUGAUGUUUCAUCACUGAAUUGAAUUAUA